UUUGCGCUUUAAGGGAGCACAGGAAACCAAUCUGGCAACCCUUGGCGCCCAGCAUCUUACGCGUGUAAGGUAAGCGCGCCUCAUCCCGAGAUCCCAGUGCACCACUUCCGACAGGGCUAUUGCAGAAGCAUCCUUCGGUGAAUGUGUCGUCCGGCUGUGGUUUGUGUGGUGCUCGCCGCAUGGGCGUGCGGAUUCCCAGCGCCAGCAUCAUGCGGCGUUUAUUUCAAUUACAGACCCGUGAUCGGUGUUUUAGCCCAAGAGAACUUGGAAAGUGACCAUCAAGCCAAAGGAUCCUCCUAUAUAGCUGCUUCCUAUGUGAAGUAUUUGGAGUCGGCUGGUGCCAGGGUUGUGCCCAUAAGGAUAAAUGAGACAGAAGAGGAAUAUAGCAAAAUUUUCUACUCAAUAAAUGGGUUGUUGCUGCCAGGUGGAGAUGUGGAUCUUCAGAAGUCCCAGUUUAGUAGAGUGGCCAAGAUUUUCUAUGAACUAGCAAUCAAGGCCAAUGAUGCCUCUGAUUAUUUUCCAAUAUGGGGAACUUGUCAAGGCUUCCAACAGCUGAGUGUUCUGACCAGCAACAAGAAUCUGCUGACAUUAACCAACACUAAAGCCGUUGCCCUGCCUCUCAUCUUUGCUCCAGGAGCGCAGAACAGCAGGCUGUUCAAAAGCUUCCCAAAGGACCUCCUUCACUCGCUUUCUUCUGAGAACAUUACAUCCAACUUCCACAGCUGGAGCAUGUCUCUACAGAAUUUCACCCGCAACGCCAAACUCAAGCGCUUCUAUAAAGUCCUGACCACCAAUACAGACGGCAGGAAGGAGUUCAUUUCUACCAUGGAAGCUUACCGAUACCCGUUCUAUGCCGUUCAGUGGCACCCUGAGAAAAGCCCAUUCGAGUGGAUAGACAAGCCAGGCAUGAUCCAUUCCAUCUCAGCCAUUAGAGCCUCCUUCUACACAGCGAGCUUCUUCGUCUCUGAAGCUAUGAAAAGCCAACACCACUUUCCCACACCGAGCGAUGAGGAGAAGGCUCUUAUUUACAACUACAUUCCUGUUUUCAAAGGGGGGAACAGCAUCUUCAUUCAGAACUACUACUUUGAUUAGACCUGUUCUUGGUAAAAAUCCAAGCUGGUAUUUGCUUUCUUUGUUUUAUUGCCAGAGCAGCAGCAUGUUAUGUUUCAUUUGCUCCUCUUUAAUUGUGCCAUUUUGUGAAUGCCUGUUUUAACAGAAACUGCCUCAAGCAAUCUGUUGCUUGAAUUAUUAUUUAUUAUUAUUAUUAUUAUUAUUAUUAAUAUUAUGAAUUUUUUUAAUUGAUUUUUGUCUUGCUUGUUUUAGUGAUUUCGAACAGGCAAUCGUUGCAUGUUUAAGAUGAACCUCGCCGAAUGUAGCAGUGCUGUCCGAUGUGAGUAGAUCAGCGACACUGUAUUAGUACCGAGGUUGUUCAACCAAAUAGACUCUUGAGGUUUUGUCUUUUAGUCUGCAGGUUUCAUUGUACAUUUUACAAUACACUAGAAUAAAGCUCAGCAUGAAAAACUUUGAAA